CGGCCAGUCAGAUCUGCCCUCUGCCCUAUGGGGCAGAUCGCUCAGCUUCCCGCUUACCGGGCCUUCCUCUGCCAGCAGCAAUUAUUACGGUGUAUAUCCUUUGCCGAGGAGGCUGGGAGGGCGGCUGCAAAAGGGGCUGCGGCGACACUCGACUACCCAGGUAUCGAACAAUUGCGCAUCCGCGCCAGCGAGGCGACUGCGGCGCGGCCAGCGAGCGUGCUCGGAGCAGGCAAACGGCUUCAACGGGGGCAAAAGGCGCCCGGGCAUGUGUGCAGUGCGCAGGGUGGCUGGCUGCCAGCGUCACUCGCGCACGAGACGGUGGAGGAUGAAAGUGCCUCACGAUGGGACCAGAUCUGCAGCGCUGCGGCGCCAAGCCGCUCACGUCUCUCCACACAUCGCUCGUCGCCGUCGCAAGCUUCCGGUGGGCGGUCUUGGCGCGGGCCCGUGCGCCGACGCACUUGCCUCUCCGCUCCCGCGUCGGCAGAAAGCUCGUGUCACGGCCGGCCAAGCCUGCGCUGGGUGCAAUCUGACAAGAGCCGGUGAUUUGUUGGCGCAUAAGCAUGCAGCCGCGUCGUUUUGGACACAGGACCGGCAUGGGGCGCGCAGUACCUGGCCCCUGGGGUGCUUCCUCGGGUCUGGCCGUGCUCCUCUGGCGGAACAAGCUGCCGCCUGCCUUUCUGCAGCGCCGUGUCUGCUGCUGGCCGCAGACGACAGUGUGAUGAGAGGCGCAUCGCCCGAUACCCUUUUCGGCGACCGCUGUUCUCGGACCAGUCCGCCAAGCCCUGGAACCCUCUACGCCAUUUUGGGAGCAUUCGGCGUCCCUCGCGAACCCGCAGCCACGUGAGACGAUAUGGCUGGCCGAACGAUCAGAGUGGAUCCAGGGGGUCAGGGCUGCGCGUCAUAAACGAACCGAA